AGAAGAGGAGAGAAAGGAAGAGUGCAAGAGGUGAAAGAAGAGAGAGGGAAAAAAGGGGGGGAGGGGUUGAAAGGAUAAGACGAGGUCUGGGGUGUCAGCGAGUGUGCAUGACAGAAGAGUGUGCGUGGAAGAAGAGAAGAAGAGAACUGGGCGAUUUUUUCUUUGAACAGAGCGCACGCUUACAAAAGAAAUAAAGAGAAAGAAGCUUGUGGUAGCUGCGUAUCGUUAGGACGCGAAAGCAAGCCGUGCACGGGUCCUUCUUAGCGCGUUUCGCGCAUCUCCCGGAGGCGGCGCGAAAUUAUGAAGCGUAUAAAGUGCGUCCUACUGGCCGCCGCAGCUGCCGUUUGUGAUUGUGAUAGUCGCCGGUGAAUGUGUGACCCGGGGGCAGCAGAGAUCCGCCGGGAUGACGACCGAAGAGACGACCGUGCAGCCCCCGGUGACGGUAGAAGGCUGCCUCAAGGAGCGGAAAUGGUGGUGCUUCCUGCUGUCGAGCAUCUUUACCUUCCUCGCCGGGCUGCUGAUCGUGCUCCUCUGGCGUGCGUUCGCAUUCCUCUGCUGUCGCAAGGAGCCCGAGCUCUCUCCAAAUGACCCAAAGCAAAAGGAGCAGAAGUCGGCCCGUCAGGGCAAGGAGUUCGAGGGGACUUUUAUGACCGAGGCCAAGGACUGGGCCGGCGAGCUGAUUUCCGGACAGACCACCACUGGACGUAUCCUGGUGGUGUUAGUUUUCAUUCUCAGUAUAGCAUCGCUUAUAAUAUACUUCAUCGAUGCCUCCAGCGAAGUGGUGGAGCGUUGCCAGAAGUGGAGCAACAACAUUACUCAGCAGAUAGACUUAGCUUUCAAUAUAUUUUUUAUGGUCUACUUUUUUAUACGCUUUAUCGCCGCCAGUGACAAGCUGUGGUUCAUGUUGGAGAUGUAUUCGUUCGUGGACUACUUUACGAUACCACCGUCCUUCGUGUCGAUAUAUCUCGAUCGGACGUGGAUCGGACUGAGGUUCCUCCGAGCCCUACGACUGAUGACGGUCCCUGAUAUCCUCCAGUACCUUAACAUUCUAAAGACAUCGAGUUCUAUUCGUCUUGCCCAACUCGUCUCCAUCUUCAUUUCGGUCUGGUUAACUGCUGCUGGUAUCAUUCAUUUGCUUGAAAACUCAGGGGACCCUUUCGACUUCUCAAACCCACAACAGCUUUCGUACUGGACCUGUGUGUACUUUCUGAUCGUGACGAUGUCCACGGUAGGAUAUGGCGACGUUUACUGCCAGACGGUCCUCGGCCGCACAUUCCUAGUAUUUUUUCUACUCGUCGGUUUGGCCAUAUUCGCCAGUUGUAUCCCUGAGAUAAUUGACCUGAUCGGGACGCGAAACAAGUACGGCGGCACUUUGAAGAACGAGCGAGGUCGCAGACAUAUUGUCGUGUGUGGCCACAUCACCUACGAAUCAGUCUCGCACUUCCUUAAGGAUUUCCUACAUGAGGAUCGCGAGGACGUCGACGUAGAAGUUGUCUUCUUGCAUAGGAAACCGCCUGAUCUCGAACUGGAAGGACUGUUCAAGCGGCACUUCACCACCGUGGAGUUCUUUCAGGGGACCAUCAUGAACCCGAUUGAUCUACAGCGGGUUAAGGUACACGAGGCGGAUGCGUGUUUAGUAUUGGCGAACAAGUAUUGUCAGGACCCAGACGCGGAAGACGCGGCGAACAUCAUGCGCGUCAUCUCCAUCAAGAAUUAUUCGGAUGACAUUCGCGUUAUCAUUCAAUUAAUGCAGUAUCAUAACAAGGCCUACUUAUUAAACAUUCCAUCAUGGGACUGGAAGCAGGGUGACGACGUCAUAUGCCUGGCCGAAUUGAAGCUAGGUUUCAUCGCGCAGUCCUGCCUCGCGCCUGGAUUCAGCACAAUGAUGGCGAAUCUCUUCGCGAUGCGGUCCUUUAAGACGUCGCCGGACACACAGGCAUGGCAGAAUGAUUACCUGCAGGGCACGGGCUGCGAGAUGUACACGGAAACCCUCUCCCCGUCCUUUACCGGGAUGACAUUUCCCCAAGCCAGCGAGUUGUGCUUCACAAAACUGAAGCUCUUGCUGCUGGCUAUCGAGAUAAAGGGCGAAGGAGGUUCUGACAGUAAAAUCUCGAUUAACCCACGUGGUGCCAAGAUCGCUGCAAAUACUCAGGGAUUCUUCAUUGCUCAAUCUGCUGACGAAGUAAAGCGGGCGUGGUUCUAUUGCAAAGCAUGCCACGAGGAUAUUAAAGACGAGACUCUGAUCAAGAAGUGCAAAUGCAAAAAUUUGGCCACAUUCCGGAAAGGCGUGCGAGCUGUUCAGAUGGUUGGAAGAGCAAGUGAAGACCUUUCGUACCCAAACGACCACCAUCCUCCCCCCACAUUCACUCCGCCAGAACUGCCCAAGAUGGUUCACGUAAGAGGUGAAAUCAGCCGUGAACGAGACGAUCCGAAUGCCAUGAGAAAUCAUCGGAACUCCAUCGGGAUGACCAUGAUAAAUUCGACAAAGCAAGUCAACAAGGUGAAGCCAAACGUAAAUCGAGCGAUAAACGACAGUCUUUCCAGCCCGAAUCAGCCGUAUAAUCAGAGAUCGCAAGAGGAGUCUGCAUACGCUGGCUACCAUCUCGCCUACGAAGUCAAAAAGCUCAUGCCAACGAGUAGAGCCUCGGGUGGCACAAACGUUAACAACAACGGCGGUCUUCAGGUCGGGAUCGCUGACGAUCAAGCGAAAGAUUUCGAUUUUGAGAAGACCGAGAUGAAGUACGACUCGACGGGAAUGUUCCAUUGGAGUCCCUCCCGUAAUCUCGAAGACUGCAUACUGGAUCGUAAUCAGGCGGCGAUGACAGUUCUUAACGGACAUGUUGUCGUCUGUCUGUUCGCCGAUCCCGACUCGCCUCUCAUUGGACUGAGGAAUCUUGUCAUGCCAUUACGAGCUUCCAAUUUUCAUUACCACGAGCUUAAACACGUAGUGAUAGUUGGAUCGGUGGACUACAUACGCCGCGAAUGGAAAAUGCUGCAAAAUCUACCAAAGAUAUCGGUUCUAAAUGGUUCACCAUUAAGUAGAGCCGAUUUGCGUGCCGUUAACGUGAAUCUAUGCGACAUGUGUUGCAUCCUGUCGGCUAAAGUGCCUAGCAAUGAUGACCCCACCCUCGCCGACAAGGAGGCCAUCCUUGCAUCCCUCAAUAUCAAGGCCAUGACUUUUGACGAUACAAUCGGCGUGCUUAGCCAAGUUGGCAGCCCGAUCGUCUUGCAGCGACGGGGAUCUGUUUAUGGAGCAAAUGUGCCAAUGAUCACAGAGCUUGUAAAUGACAGCAAUGUGCAGUUCCUUGACCAGGACGACGACGAUGACCCGGACACAGAACUCUACCUCACUCAACCGUUCGCCUGUGGUACUGCCUUCGCAGUCAGUGUAUUGGAUUCUCUCAUGUCAACGACAUAUUUCAACCAAAAUGCGCUAACUCUAAUUCGAUCACUGAUCACCGGUGGAGCUACGCCUGAGUUGGAAUUGAUCCUGGCUGAAGGAGCAGGCUUAAGGGGAGGGUACAGUACGGCAGAUAGUCUGGCUAAUCGGGAUCGGUGUCGUGUUGGUCAGAUCGCGUUGUACGACGGGCCAUUGGCUCAAUAUGGCGAGGGAGGCAAGUACGGUGACCUCUUUGUCGCAGCAUUAAAGUCGUACGGAAUGCUGUGCAUUGGUCUGUACAGGUACAGGUUUCGAGAUACUAGCUCGUCGUGCGACGCCUCUUCCAAGCGAUACGUGAUCACAAAUCCACCCGAUGACUUUACAUUAUUACCCACGGAUCAGGUUUUCGUGCUGAUGCAAUUCGACCCGGGUCUUGAAUACAGGCCGAGCAGGGGUGCCCGAGGCAAGGACGACUCCUCCUGAUUGUUGCUGUGUAGCGCCCUCACCGAUGGACCAUAUUCUUACAUCUAAUCAUGCAUUAGAAACCAUCGUGCAGUCCGUCGUCCCUACAACUGUCCUGUCUUCGUCAACGAACGCCACUAUCUCAUGAUAUCGCGCAUUAUCAACAAGUUUAACCGCGAGUUAUUGUUCACAAGGCGGAUUGCAACCAUGUCCAUUUCUUCGAUUGACCGAUACAUACAGCGACAGUGCAUAGCAAACGUAACGCUUAAUCGCCAAUUUAAUCAUCUAAAAACUCUUAUCUCGUUCGCCCCGCAUGGAAAUCGUUUUCAUCGAGUCGUCGAAUAUUUCGAGAGUAUUGCUCGAUCGCCAGAACGAGGACUCGGAAAAAAAGCCUAAUGAACAAGUUAUUAAAGAGAUGUGAGAAAACAAGAUGGAUGAAGAGGAUAUACGAGAAGAGGAGGACAAUGGAAGGGGCAACGGAAAAUAGCAUGAUGCUGUGCGGUCCGAGGGUAGCUACACAUCUCUCUUUCUUUAUUGAAGUAAAUUAUCUUCGCUCGAAGAUGAUAAUAUAACGACUGAAUUGGACAUUUCGCAAAGUGUAACACUGUGUUAUUAAGCCUCCUACCGAUCCUUUGUGGCUGGAAAGGAGGAAAGUGAACGCGGGAAAAAGGACACAUAGCUUAAAGUUCUAGCACGUGGCUUAGCCUCAACGAGCGCUGUGGAAUUGCAGUAUCCUGCGCGGUGGAACGGAAAAACAAUCACCGUCACAGUAAAAUCUCCGGUUUCUUUAUUCUCCGGCACAUGUUAAUGUAUAUAAUACGUAACCCAGAGAACACCGUCGUUCAACGUGCUGUGAGAGGGCGACGAGACGGCGGGAAGAGGCGGAGAAGUGCAGCGAACUGGACACGUUCGUCGAUGUUCCCUCAUCGAGAAACUCCUCUCAUCCCGAUCUCGCGUCGGACUCUCGUGGACGGUGCCGGACUACACGCAAUCCUUACCUCGUGUGUCUUGUUUUACGACUAAUGAAACCGAAAAAAAAAUCUCAAUCAAGCACUUUCUAC